UCAGCUGUUAGAUGUCGCUAUUCAUGAGAAGUGAAUUCGCAUGCGCAGUAGUAGUCGCCUGGUUCCAACAUGGCGGCGAAUUUUCUGCGACUUUUGCAAAGAGGCGGUUUUCAGUCUCAUUUCUCACCAAAAGGUGGGAUCCAGAACAGCCUGCAGCUAAGAGUCAGUCCGAAGAACUGCAAAGGUCAGAAGCGGAACAUCACAGGUAACCCAGAACGGUACCCAGGGGCAGACUUCAACUACCCUAAAACAAAGAAAUUUUUCUGGGCCACACCACCCAAGUACCACGAGAGACUCUUCCUAAGAGAUGUGGCUAAAUACUAUGCUCUGACUGGUGUCCCAGCUUUGAUCAUCAUCACAUUCAUCAAUGUCUUUAUUGGACCAGCAGAGCUGUCAGAGAUACCUGAAGAUUACGAACCUGAAGACUAUGAGUACCAUGAUCACCCCAUCACACGGUUCAUCGUGCGCAACUUCAUGCCGCCCUACCAAGAGGUCUAUGAGAAGAUGUGUGCAAAGAUUGACUUUGAGAAUGAGAAGAGGCAGUGGAGGCAAAAACAUAAGAUGGUGGACUACCUGAUGAAGGAGCGAGGGGAUGGCUUGUACCAUUACAUCCCCAUGACCCCAACUGAGGUCAUCGAUUACUCCCCCAAGAGUGACCCUGACCAAUAAUAUGUCCCUGUACUUUGUCAAACAACCAUGCUUUUGUUUCUGUGAUAGGGCACUGAAGUAUCUUCUUUUUGGUACAAAUUGCUUUGCUUGUCACUUAAUCAGGUCUAGAUUUCACAUAUUCAAGUUAUGUAGACUGUUGGAGACUAGUUUGGAAGAAAAAAUACAUCACAUACUGGAUACUGCAGUUCAAGACAAGUGGAUUUAUUGUGUAUAAUACAAAUUAAGGAUGUGUGCACAACAAUAAAUGCAGUGAGAGUUA